CUUUCUUGGGUUAUGAGUUAGAAGGUUAAUCAAUUGCCGAGAGAGCUAAAAGGUAAUGGAAUUAAAGCUCAGUUACUUGAACAUGCCUUUCCUGGAAACUGAACAUGACUUUUGGCACACCAUGCCCGCAUGGGUUCAAUUCUGCUCCUUUAGAACUUUCUGCGGUUGUGCACCGCCACCUAUCAAACCGUGCAUGCGAAGCUACCUUUAUCAUCCAGUGGUUUGAAAUGAAAAGCACAUCAAUUCAUACAUUUUCUGAGGCCUUGCUCCUCAUACCAUGACGAGACACCAAAUUGUUGAUAAAGGGUGUGUCCCCUCCGAUAAAAGGGUUGCCUUGGACACCACCUCGCCCCCACAAUCUGUGCAGUAAUCAAUUCAUAACUUCAAAAGGCAAUCCACUACCCACACAAAGGUUUUCAGCUUUUUGCUUUUGUGCCAUCGGAAACCAAAAGAGAACCCUCUACUGCUGCCCCAUCUCCUCCGGUCCCUCGUAAGUCAUCCUCAAACAAAACUCAGCGUUGCCUCUUCAACUGGUUGUGAUCACAUGCCAUCCAUUUCGUGAGAAAACAAGUAAAAUAAAUGAAAUCAGUGAAGGGAAGAUUCCUCAAGAAAUUGAAUUUCAUUCCAAGUAUAAGCACACUGAAACAAGGUCUAGUUUCCCAUAUGAACUCCUCAGAAAACUUUUCCGAUCAGAGCUUGCAGAUACCACCAAUUUACAUACAAAAGGAUCACAAGAAAGACAGUCUAUCUGGUGAUUUUGGUGUGUCAAAGCAAAAACCAGAAUCCAAUGAUGAAGAACUGGACUUGGGAAUUAAUCUCUUCGACAAGGUGAACACCACACCCUCCAUAGUAUCCAAUGACAGAUUAUCUGUAAUGGCCCCAGUCGCUACAGAUAUCAACGUGGAGCAAUACACGGGAAGUGAAGCUGAGAAAGAGAUUGAAGGACACCCAUCUCUUUCAGAUUUUGAAGAGAAAUGUCUUCCCGGAGGAAGUCAGGCUGUAAUUCUCUACACAACAAGCUUGAGAAGUAUAAGAAAGACAUUUGAGGAUUGUCAUGCUAUUCGGUUUUUGUUGGAAAGUUUUAAAGUAAUAUUCCACGAGAAAGAUGUUUCGUUGCACUUGGAAUUCAGGGAGGAACUAUGGAGGAUAAUGGGUGGCAGGGUGAUUCCUCCAAGGCUUUUCAUAAAGGGAAGGUACAUAGGAGGAGCUGAUGAAGUGACUGGUUUGCAUGAGCAAGAUUAGGUUGAAUUAUUGUUUUCUAGGAUGAUGAGGAAACACGGCCCUCAGGAAGCAAGAAAGGGAAGGAUGAUGACAAUAUGGGAAAGAAUCUAUUCAACGUGGGUUUCUGUCAGGUGUGGAGCCUUGUGAAGUUGAGCUUGAAUCAUUGUCAAGAUAAGUUUCGAACGAUAAUGGGUUGGGAGAACAUGCACAUGGCUCUUCAAAAGAUUAUAACAAAAGGUCACUGGUUGGUAACAAAGCUAGUAUGGUGCGAUAAAGGAAAGUGUAAGGCCAUGAUGAUGCUUUUCACGCCAAAGGCCUUUUAUGAUGAGUCGUAUAAUGCAGCUUUCUUGCAUUGUCAAACUAGGCUACCAGUUCUUGAUUCAUGCUUUCAGUCCAUGAAAGCAGUGGAGCAAAACUAUUUUGAUUUCUUGCUUUAAAUAUUCUGGUAGUUGUUGCUCGACUCUUCCGGAACUUCUAGCUUUUCGGCUGAUUUGAAGUGUCUGAAUGGUGUACUCUUGUCCAAGCAUUUUUAUUCUAUACAAAUGCAGAGGAUAAUUCAAAGUAAAAUAGGCAGGAAAUUAACCCAGAAGAAAAUCGUGGCACGUAAGCGACUAUAGAGCCAAU